ACAUGCAGCCUCACCAUCCGUUAUGCCUCUAGCACAAACGAUCUUUGAUGCGUCGUCAUCUUUUCGUCCAGCGCGUGCUGAUGAUGUAAGCAACGUGAGACAGGGUUAGCCUGGACUCCGGAGGCGGCAGUCGGCAGCAGGCACACAGAGAUGGCUGCGCUCGUGGAGCGGUGCAGCGGGGGCGGCGGAGGGUUUCCUGGCUGUCCGCGGACCGUGAAGCCUCGGUGGCUGCUCGUGGUGGUCCUCUUCUCCGUCGCCUCCCUGCCGACGGUCACCGCGCUGGUGGAGGGCCUGUACUGCGGCACCGAGGUCUGCUACGAUGUGCUCGGCGUCACCCGGGAGUCCACCAAGGCAGAGAUCGCCCGGGCUUACAGGCAGCUAGCCCGCCGGUACCACCCGGACCGGUUCAGGCCCGAAGAGCCCGGCUUGGAGGGAGAGACCCAGGAGUCCGCCAAGAAGAAGUUCCUGCUCAUUGCGACAGCUUACGAGACGUUAAAGGAUGAGGACACUCGGCGGGACUAUGACUACAUGCUGGACCAUCCCGAGGAGUACUAUCAGCACUAUUACGCCUACUACCGCCGACAGCUCACCCCCAAAGUGGACGUCAGGAUUGUUAUCCUGGUCACUAUCUGUGCCAUCUCCAUCUUCCAGUACUACAGCUGGCACAGCAGCUACAACGAGGCCAUCAACUACCUGGUGACGGUGCCCAAGUACCGAAUCCAGGCCACAGAGAUCGCCAAGCAGCAGGGCCUCCUCAAUCGCACCAAAGAGAAGGGGAAGAAUCGUCGCUCCAAAGAGGAGAUUCGAGAGCAGGAGGAGGAGGUAAUCCGUGACAUCAUCAAAAACAAGAUCGACAUCAAGGGAGGCUAUCAGAAGCCCAACCUGUCAGACAUCCUGCUGUGUCAGAUCGUGCUCUUCCCCUACUAUCUGACCAACUACGUGGCCUGGUACAUCUCCUGGGUUUACCGCUUCACCAUCUGUAGAGAGCAGUACGGAGACGAGGAGAAGCUCUACAUCAUCAGGAGAUACAUGAAGAUGUCUCAGUCUCAGUUUGACAGUCUGGAUGAAAACACCAGGCAGUCCUUUUUGGAGAGACAGCUCUGGAUCAAAGAAAACUACGAGGUGUACAGAAAGGAGCAGGAGGAGGAAAUGAAGGUAAAAAUGGCGACUGACCCGAGGAUGAAGAGGUACCGCCGCUGGAUGAGGAACGAGGGACCGGGCCGGCUGACGUUCAUCGAUGACUGACCCCCACAAGCUGCAUCUGCAACAUACACACCUGCCUCAGUGCCAACAUAUACGGACAACACACGCCAUGCUGUGUGGAGAAAUGCCUGUACAGAAAGAUUAACUAUGCCUGUUUAUAAAGUGAGAGAUAUUUUCAUAGCGAUUAAGGCCCAUAAAGGGGACAAAUAAAUGGAAUGAACUCAGAGCUGGGGCUGCAGAUUUUUGAGCAGUUUUUUUACAUACUUUUUUUUUUUUUUUUCCCCCAAUCAAUUUAUUUUAAAGAAUGAUUUUUUUUCUCUGUAAUUUUAUUCUCUCCUGCUGGUAAAAAACGGAUGGAUGAAAGUGUUUUGGUACCUGAGUUUUUGUGAAUUAUGAUUUUUUUGUUGGAUUUGACCCCGACAGCCAACAGUACUGUCAAAGUGUCCUUGGGUGAGGCUACAGACCCCCACCUGCACACUCUGUGCUGCUUCAGAGCGUCAGCUAAAAGUGCAUUAGAAUGUAUUGCUUUUAUGAUGAAUAAACCAAGGCCAGUGAGUAUUUUUAAGCGCAGCGACAUCGAGUUCAAUCCCCACUUUCUUCCACUGAGUCAGAUGCAGGACAUGUUAAACCUAGGUUAGCACAAAGACUGGAAGCAGCGUGUAAGCUCAGCGCCAUCGUAAGUAGGAAUAAACACCUUCCAACAAGUCCAAAGCUAUCUGAUUUACAUGUUGAGCUUCCUUGCUAAAAGAUGGAAGAGGGAAGAGAUGAAACUGAUAUCCAUCAUCUCAUCUACCUGGGGAAUACAAUAAACAGUGAGUUCCUUUGUUGACCAGAUGAUUUGAUAUGUUGAAGACUUUCUAUCAGAAAAAAAGCAGAAGCAAAAAGAGACGAGUACAUCAUUCAAAUGUUUGUGGUUAUUGUGUAAAUGGAAGCCAAAGUCACUGCUGCAAUUAUCUGUAAAUUGUGCAAUGGCAGAUGUCUUUCACACAGUGAGUUUAUCAUGGUUUCCACUUCCAUUUCCACUGUGUCUUCAGAAGUGUAGGUGAAUACUUAAUACUACUUGGUUGUACUUCAUUUUAUUUAUUGAUUCACUUUUCACUGGUCUUUUUGUUGUCAUUUUGGUAUUGAGGCGGCAUUAAACUCAUACUGUGACUAUGCAGUCA